AUUCAAUGUUUCCUCCAACUGUGACCAUUCGAAUUAACGACGCGAUGGACACCGCAGCUGACACAGCGUCUCCCGAGAAGGAAACAUACUCAGCUCAGUCUGCGACUGGCAAAGAUCCAUGCUUCAAGCGAGCAUAUCAAGCGUGCGAAAAUUGCCGGCAGAAGAAACAGAAAUGCAGUUUAGGAGACCCAGCCAACCCGAAAAGGCCGUGUAAAGCGUGUCGCAGAGCUAAUUUAACAUGUGUACUUCCUGAGAGGAGACGGAAGGGUCGACCUUCGAAGAAGUUUCGGCAAGCAAUCCGAAUUGGUGAAGCAUCCUCUACAGCGACAACUAUCACUAGCAGCGAUUCUAGGUUGUCGUACGCAGCCAAUGGAGGAGGCCAGGCCGCCUGGCCAAUAUACGUGGCAUCCUUCACACCUGCCAUGGGAAACGACGACGGCGACGGCUUAACGAGGACACCCUGCCUGAGUAGAAGCCCUCGCCAAACGCAGCCGACGACCUACGAUCAACGGAUGGCUAGCCAGACGCUAGCAACGUUCCCCCUGAGGAAUACAUCAGAUGCCAUAAGACUCCUAGACGAAGCCGAGGUCAAGUCGAAUGAUCGAGUGCCAUCAGGCACGCACCAUGAAGAUGAAUUGAAUGGCUUCGACAGCGGAUCUUCCAGACCACACUUUUUUCUCCUUCGAGAAGGCCUCAUAAAUGAGGCAACAAUUUGCAGACUAUUCCAUUUCUACCUCAACUCUAUUCAUCCUAUCAUGCCAUUGAUACCGUAUGAAAGAAUACCGAUCACCUCAGAGCAUAUCCUUGCCAUGGCAGGCAGAGAGCCGCACUUCAUGGCGGCAAUUCUUGUGGUCACGGCCGCUCUUAUGGGUGAUCAAGCUCUCCACGACGUUCUGUGGCAGAGAGUGCAACGGGUCUUUGCAGACGUCGCCAUCAAGGGUGCGGAUCAAUCCUUGGAGAUCAUUGAGGGUCUGUUGCUGCUUUCAGAGUAUCCGCCAAACAUGGGUAAUGGAACAAACCAAGUUUUCGAGGAUCGAAUGUGCUGGAUGACUGUCGGCACGGCUGUUCGGCUAGGUUAUCUCCUGGGCCUAGAGCAGCUAAGUAUGCACCCAGACGACAUGGAAGAGAAAUCAGUCGAUGAUCCAGCUAGGGGAAAGGUGGUAUGGGCUUAUUGCUUCUGUCUAGAACGGCAAAUUUCCAUUCGUGUUGGGAAAGCCUUUUGGCUUCGAAGUCCUGGUCUGACUUAUCAACAUCAACACUCUGAUCCGUCCGAGGAUUUCCCUCAACUUCGUGAGAUCCCAGGCAUUCAGGACAAUUAUGCCGCAUACCUGCAAUGCCUCAUGCAAAUCACCCAAGCGUUAACCAAUGCCCAUGAUCUUUUGUACCCUUCCAAGAGUCGCUCGAUCGCGUUGGCGAAAGCCGAGCAGUACUACAAGCACAUUGAUGAGUUUGGGGAGACAUUAUCGGCUUUCCGCAAUCGUUGGCAGACGAGGCCCUGGCAGAGGUAUCCGAUCAAUGAAUGUGUCUGGAUAUCGUUUCACCAUCUCCGCUUGUACAUCUAUUCAUUUUCUUUGCAAGGACAUAUGCAGCGGGUGUCAAGCUGCAGCGACGGCAGUCGGCCUAUGGAGUAUUUCCCGACAGGCCUCAUGGGCUGCGUUGAUGCUCGUUUCAUCAUUGAGGCUAUCAAUGCGGCGGCCGAUAUACUUCGAUUGGCCAUAGGGAGACUACAGCCUUCAGGGGCUUUAUCAUAUCUUCCGUUGAGGUACUUCCUUUACUUCUGCCAUGCGGGCGUAUUUUUGCUGAAGUCGGCCAUGAUUGUCCCUUUACCACCGUCACAGAAAAGGGCAAUCCUUCGAUUGAUUCGAGCCCUCAUAAAAUGCAUGUCGACAGCUUCUUCCGAUCCUAAGCACCCUGGCGUCCGCUACUCCUCUGCGCUCGAAAGACUCCUUGGACGCAUAUAUCGAAAUCAAGAACUACAGUCAUUGGGUGUCACUCGUCCACCUUCGCCUCGAGUGGGUACCGACAUAAAUGCCAACUCGAAUGAGCCCGCAAUCAUCAACACCCGUCUGCAUGGUAACGACCUGUCUCCCUUGCUUGGAAGUAAGGAGUCUCCUUUCGUUGCCGAGCGCCCGUUACAGGCCCUCGCCGCUGACAUUGACGCCCUCUUUGACUUUGCCCCGGACGACCCAGGGGUCGACCUGCAGCUUGCGGCUGGAGACGGUGACCUAUCUACGAUCUUGCCUCCAUCCGAUAUAUUUGCUCCCCUCUUCAGCAACUAUGACCAAGACUUCUGGGAACCGUUUACGCCGACGACUUUGGGUUGAACUGUCGAUUUACACCAGACAGAUGUUAUAAGUCUCGCGCCCGAAUUCGCGGCACGUCUGCUGUAGACACGGCAUGAACAAUGUCAGGCGACACCCCUGUCAAUCAAGAUCAAGCGUGAUCGGCGUCCGACGAUCAUGAUCUUGGGGACC